UUAUUGCAAAGAAAACACACCAAAUGCAAUCUGGGGGUAAAUUUACUCGUUACUCAAAUGAAUCUGUUUUCGGUUGUACCACAAAUGGGGUCUGAUUCUUCCACCGCAUUUGCCUCUGGGGACUGAGGUCUUAGACUCACGCGGGUGCCACUCUUAAAGGCCCCUCCUCCUGCCAGUACUGCCCCGCCCUUUCCAGGUCCAGUCUGUUUGCUGAUGCUCGGACCGGCUCCCACUCCCUCCUUCCAUCCCUCCUCCCUUUCGGAGUCUUUAAAACCCGUAGAAAUGGGAUGCCUCAUUUUCAAAGUACGGGCUGGUUCAGUUUGCAAGUAGCAAAUUUAUUUCACAUCAUCUCUGCCAGCUAGGAGUAGGCGCUGACUCUGGCAUCCGUGCUCCCAAACCACCUCUAGCGCAGCUAGAAAAUCCUAGCAUUCUUCCUGUCCCGGGGUGGAAGGUAACUAACUUUUUAUAACUUCCCUUCACCUGAAGUUACUCCAAAUACUCCCAUUUCGCCACUUGGGCUGAGCUGGGGAUGAAUUUCUAACUCCGUGGAGCAGGUGAAAACAGAUAUACUCUUCGCUGGGGGAGCCUUUGAGAUCCAUCCAUGCUAGAAUGGGACUGUCAAUUACAGUCUGAUAUAGGUCCCUCUUCGACGCAGCUAAACUUUCGUUGUAUCCACAGCUACGCUCGAUUCCUCAGCUCCCUAUUCAUCAGAUAUUGCUGGAAGCAGCGCCUACCCACAGCCCUCGAUGCUCAUGAAUCUUGCCUCCACAGCAUGGCCACAAGCCGAAAUAGUGCAGAAGCCUGGAUUCCCGGCCUUCUGUCUACCCAGCAGACCACUCUCCUGCUCUUCCUUUCCGUGCUGGUCGCUGUCCACUUGAGCCAGUGUAUUCUACGGCGUUGUCGUCGGCUCCCCGGGGCUGGCUGCAGCCCCCCUGGCCCAUUCCAGUGGCCCCUGAUCGGGAACGCUGUGGAGGUGGGCAACAACCCGCACCUCUCCUUUACUCGUUUGGCUCGCCGCUACGGAGACGUCUUCCAAAUCCGUUUGGGUAACUGCCCAGUGGUAGUGCUGAACGGCGAGCGCGCCAUCCGCCAGGCCUUGGUACAGCAGGGGUCCACCUUCGCCAGCCGGCCGCCAUUCCCCUCUUUCCAUGUGGUGUCCAACGGCCGUAGCCUGGCUUUCAGCAAAUACUCCGAGAUCUGGAAAAUGCAGAGACGGGUGGCCCACGGCACCGUCCGUGCCUUCUCCACGGGACACGUCCGCAGCCGCCGGGUCCUGGAGCAACAUGUGCUGAGUGAGGCGCGGGAGCUGGUGAGGCUGUUAGUGCAAGGUAGCGCUGGAGGCGCUUUUCUGAACCCGGGUCCUCUCGCCGUGGUGGCCGUGGCCAACGUGAUGAGUGCCGUGUGCUUCGGCUGCCGCUACAGCCACAGUGAUGAAGAGUUCCGCGAGUUGCUGAGCCACAACGAGCGGUUCGGCCGCACGGUGGGGGCGGGCAGCCUGGUAGACGUUCUGCCCUGGCUCCAGCGCUUCCCCAACCCUGUGCGCACCGCCUACCGCGACUUCCAGAAAAUCAAUCACGACUUCUAUAGUUUCGUGCUAGACAAGUUCCUGAAGCACAGGAGCAGCCUGAAGCCCGGGGCUCCUCCCCGGGACAUGAUGGAUGCCUUCAUUCACACGGUGGGGAAGGAGGAGGAGAGUACUGGAAAAACUACGUCUGGGCUGCGCCUGGACACAGACUACGUGCCGGCCACGGUCACAGAUAUUUUCGGGGCCAGUCAGGACACGCUUUCCACGGCACUACAGUGGCUUCUCAUCUUAUUCACAAGAUAUCCUGAAGUACAGGCUCAGGUACAAGAAGAAUUGGAUAGAGUUGUGGGUCGAGAUCGACUGCCCUGCUUGGAUGAUCAGCCUCAUCUUCCCUAUGUCAUGGCUUUUCUAUACGAAGCUAUGCGCUUCAGUAGCUUUGUACCUGUCACCAUUCCACACGCCACCACUGUUGACACUUCUAUCAUGGGCUAUCACAUUCCCAAAGAUACAGUGGUAUUUGUCAACCAAUGGUCAGUUAAUCAUGACCCAGUGAAAUGGCAGAACCCAGAAGACUUCAAUCCUGCCCGAUUUCUAGACAACAAAGGAUUCAUUGACAAAGACAUGGCUAGUGGGGUCAUGAUUUUCUCUGUGGGUAAACGCAGGUGCAUUGGGGAAGAGCUGUCCAAAGUACAGCUAUUUCUCUUUAUUGCCAUUUUGGCCCACCAGUGCAAUUUCCUUGCCAAUCCAGAUGAGGACCGAAAAAUGAAUUUUAGUUAUGGGUUAACCAUUAAACCACAAUCAUUCACAAUUAAUGUCACACUGAGAGAAUCAAUGGAACUACUUGAUAAUACUGUUCAAAGACUACAAACCGAAGACAACCAGUGAGUAGCUAAAAGAACUACUAAUUAGAAAAACAAAUGCAACUAUCAGUACCCGUUAGUUUCUUUCUGCUACAAACACUUGCUCAUGUGAGCCUUUUGGAUGAGAACUCACCAAUAAGUAUUUCUUAAGUGCCUGAUGAUGUGGUUCACCUGGAUCCUGGUGAGCCAAUGCAUUUGACAAAAUAGUUAAUGAAACUACAAAAGUAACUUGCAAGAUUUUAUGAUUAUAGACUAAAAGAGGAAGAAAAACUUAGAAAUAUACUAUAACUUUACUAUAACACUGUCCUUUUGGACUAUUUGUUGAAAUAGUUUUUAUAAGUUAAAAAAAAAAAAUCCCAAAUCUUGAGUAAGUUCCAAGAAGGCAACUACUUUAUGUAGAAUUUUGUUGUGAAGAAAACAGCAAUGCCACAGAGUCAUGAGGUAUAUUACUGAACAUUCAAAUCCAAGUAUAGUACUUUGAGAGAAUGAGGCCCAAAAAGGAUCAAUAAAGACUCUGCUGGCUUAUUCUUUAUCUUCUAAGCCUUUCAACAAAGUUAUUAAAGAUUCCUCUUCAAAAAGGCCCAGAUGCUUAAAGAAUAUAUUUUAUCUUUGACCAAAUUAGCUCUCAGCAUGGUUUGAAAAGUGAUAUUAUGUAUGAUAUAAAAUGACUCAUGCAAAAAUGGUGGGGAGGGAAUUGAACUAAUCGUGAGUUUUAGUGUUUCAGAAUGAAUUCUGAAAUGCAAUCUGUAAUAUUCCAAACUAGAUACUUGCCUUCUGGUUUCCGAAAUUCAAUAUUUAUAAAUAUGGGUAAAAUUAUGAAUUUGCUUGCAGGCACAACUAAAAUUCAAAUAUAUGGCAGAGAGUUUUGAAAGGAUAAAUAAGGUUAGUUUAUCACAAACUGCACAGAACAUGCAGUAUGCAUAACUAUUCAUUAUAAAUAAAAAUAGCAUUAUUGAAAAGAAGUUAUUUUAGAUAGUGAAUAACUAAAUUAGUUAUCUCUUAAUGUAGAAAUGCAUUCAGUCCUCUCAGAUGUUGUUGAGCAUACUCACAUACACAGGCACACAUGUUCACACACAUUUACAAAUGGAGUAGUUAUUUGCUUGUUUACUAAGAUAGCAAAUUACCUAUUUAAAUUAUCACAUCUGUUGAAAGUAUCACAUCUAAAGGAUGAAAAAUUCUCAUCUAAAACACUUUUUAAAAAGUUUCAAAUUGUUUUCAUUAUUCUUUCCCCAAGCCAAGUUAAUUAAAAUUGUUUUGUGUCUAAAUAACUUUCAACAUUUUUCACAUUUUAAUAUGACUCUGAAGUCUUUUUUUCAGGAUCUAAAUUUUUAAUUGAAAUUAAUAACAAUUUGGUCCUUUGGUUGAGGAAAGAUGGGGAAAUUUAGGUGCUUUAAAUGUGAUGUUAAAAAAUUUGGAUGAAUGAUGAAAGUAGUUACCCGGAUAUUCUUUGAUAUCCUAUAGACAAAACAUUUGGAAUAUUGAUCCAGACGUUUUGUUGUCUUGUAUGGAUAUCCAUAUGGAUAUUUCCUAUAAUUAUCUCCUUUCAUAAUUCAAAUUAUAUUUUAAUAACAAUUACAUGAAAUACUGUCAAUGACAACAGCCACAUACCAUAAUGCAUGGAAUUAGAAAACAGGUGAUCCAAAUUUGAGGAAGCUUUGAUUUCCAAUUGGCAUCAUUAAUAUGAAUAAUAAAUGACUCUUUAAGAUAGCCUACUCAAUAUGCAAUUGUUGUGAAGGAGAGAUAUUAUCACUUAUAUGUGUAUUUAGCUUAAGAAAGAAUUAAUCUUAAAAUUUUUAAGCUGAUAAGCAAAAUUAUGAUUUUAUAGUUACUUCCAAAAUUAUAAAACAUUUGCCUAAAAGCUCACUGUUUAUUUAAUACAAAACUAAAAAAGAAAUUGUAUGUACUUCUUUGGAAGUUACUUUUGAUAGAAUUACAGGCUGUUAUAGUGUGUGUUUGAGAGAGCGAACUGGAAGAAAGAUGAAUAAUUCAAAUAUUUUUGCCAUCCAUGUUAAAUUACUUUUGCUUGAAGCACAUAAAUUCAGAAAAAGAAUACCUAAAGUGCCAGUUACAAGUGAGAAUUUAUGAUCUUUACAAAGACAAUAAGUUUUGAAAUUUUAAUAAUGAAAAUUGGCAUACUCAUUUUUUCAUACAAUUUUUCUUUAGAAAGGUUGUUCAAAAGUCACUGGUGAGACCAAGAAUAUAUAUAUAUAUAUAUAUAUAUAUUACUGCCUUUAUAAAAAUAAUCUAAUAUUAAAAUGGGACCAGAAAUUUUAUUCUAUUGCCAAGUCUUCCACUUGGACUUUCCAGGAGUAUUGUGGCAAAAUUGGGCAUAUCUGGAUGAGUUACUAACUGAAACAUUUGACUAUACCUUAAUUAAUUUCUCUGUAUAUAGAUCCCAAUAUUACUUGAUAAUAAAACCAUGUUUAUUUAAUAUAAGUAAAAUAGAUACUUGGUAGUAAGAUAUUUAGACACAUCAAUUAAUGUAAACAACUGACCAUUCUCUUUUCUUUCCACUCUUUUUGACCACCAAAAAAAUAUACUUUGUGGUUUGAACUUUCCAGUUUGGUGGCUAAAUUGCAUAAUUAUUUCAUCUCAUUUCAUUUUUGGUCUAUAUAAUUCCACACAGAAUAUUUGUAAAUCAUCUAUAAAAGCAGAAGAUCUGUUCCAGAUAGUCACUUCAGUUAAAACAUGUUCAUAAAACAAGUGGCUUUUUUUUUUUUUUUUGAGGCGUGGACUUUGUAAGAUGUCUUAAAAAUAUUCCAAAGAAAAUGUCUCAGGAUUGUUUUGUGGAUUACAGAAAAAUUUUCAUACCCCAGAACUUAGCCUUCAUCUGUGAAAUUAUUUUACAAAGUUAAUAUUUUCAUGUUAGAUCUAUAUUAGAUCACUUAAUUAUAUAAAAUAUGCUUUUUAAUGUAUUUUUACAAUUAUGAGACCACUAUGUGAGGGUCCCUUGUUAUAUAGCCUCUGUUAUCUUUGGACUUUUUAAAAUAAGCUUUACCACAGAAUAGAGUUGUAGCUGAAAGUGAUGCAUAUUCAUUUUUAUGAUAUGCAGCAUGAAUGCAGUACAGAUUAUAUAUAUAUAUAAUACAUGUAUGCACAUAUAUAUGCAUAUAUGCCUCUGUAAAAUCAUCUCUUUAAUUAUUUGAGGAUUUCCCCCCCCCACACCCAUGCUUAAGGAUUUAGAAUGCUGUAAUCAUGGAAUGCUAUUACCAAAAUAUUAAAUAAAAGUUUUUUUUAACAAUU